AGCUAAUUCUGCCGUGAACCGCGCGAGCGGGCUAUAUCACAGCAUAGGUCAACCAGGCUCCGCACAGAUCGCUCUGUACCUUUUGCCAGCAAUGCGCGCACCAUCCAUGCGAUCCCUCGCGCUCACACUGAUUGCCCUGCUAUGCCAGCUGCAGCACGCCGCGGCUGUCGACGGCGAGCAGGCGGACCGCUGCAGAACGCUCAGGAGUGUGAAAGCAGUCGACGAGUUGUUCGGCGGACGCGUGGGCGUCCGCGUCCUCGCCCUGGUGCCCGAUGAGGGCAAGGCGGCGGCCGCAUUUCGAGCCGUGGCGGCAUCCUUCAAAUAUCCGGCCGAGUUCUACUUGGUAGACGGGCCGGACCUCGUGGGCCGGGCCGUCGACCAGGCGGAGCGAUUACGGUUGUACGCCGCCGCCGAGGCGAAGGCGCACGGCAAUGCCGUGCUGCUCCUCAAGCCCUACGACGAGUUGGUCGACGUCACUACGUUUACAACAUCAAAAAAAGGGCGAAAGAAGCUGAGUCGGUGGGUCGAGGAUACCAUGCUGCCGUUAGUUGUGCCCUAUCUCCCUGAUUAUGUGGACAUGAUCUUCGGCGGCCCGCUGAAAAUGCACGCCAUCCUGGCCGUCGACCCGGCGGACCCGCCGGCGCCGCCGGUCCGCGACGCCUUCUACCACGCGGCGCAGCGGCAUCGGGGCAAGGUCAUGCACAUCGUCAUGUUCAAGGCACCCGACUGUGUGGAAAUCAACCAGUGAGUUAGGUUAUACGCCAUCGUGCUGCCGCAGUUACGGGGACAACGUCGCGUCGAUGGCGUAGAAUCUCCACACCAUUGAGCAGACGCAGUCACAAGGACAACGUCGCGUGGGGCGCCUGAAAUUUGAUUUCCACACAGGCGCCCGCCGACGCCGACGACGAGUACGGCGCGGCGCUCAGGGACACGCUCGCGUUCCUCAAGGUGACCGAAUUUCCUUCCUACUUGAUCUCGGACAUGACCGAGGUUGACGACGAGCACCCGGGCGGGGCGCAGACGCAUUUCCGGGGCGACCUCGAGGACAAGGACGCAGUCCUCGCCUUUCAAAAACCAUUCGCGGCGAAGGCAUUAGCGCGGCGCGACGGCCUCGACGUGAAGUACGCGGAGAUCCUGCGGGACCCGAAGUUCCAGGCGCUGCUCAGCGACGAGCGGAUGGCGUCGCUCAUCUCGGUGAUGGGUGUCCCCAAGGGCCUCGUCGACCAGGCGCGCUUGGCCGACGAGCUCUAGUUUGUAAUUCUUUGUGCUGUGUUACAAUCUUACAAAACCCCGUCG